AUGAGCAGCUUCGGGCAGAUCCUAAAGGAGGUUGGGGAGUUUGGUUUGUUUCAGAAACAGUUACUGGCCGCAUUAUGCAUCUGUGGCGUGUUUUGUGGUUUCGAUAUAAUUAGCCAGGUGUUUACAGGAAUGAGCUUUCCACAUCACUGUAACACUGACUGGAUCUUGGAGCGUGGGCCCAACCUGACAGAUGAAAGACAAAAAAAUCUCACUAUCCCAGUAAACGAGGAUGGAAGUUUUGAAAGCUGUAAAAUGUUCACACCUGUGGAUUUGGAUUUGGAGACCAUUGAAGCAUAUGGGAUUAACACUACAACAGGAUGUACAGAUGGAUGGGACUAUGAGGCAUCUGUAGGCACUUCCAGCAUUGUGACAGAGUUUGAUCUGGUUUGUGACAAGAGUGGUUUUAUUGAGGCCUCACAGUCAGUCUACAUGGCAGGUUAUCUGGUUGGAGCACUGGUAUUUGGGGCAAUUUCGGACAGAUUUGGGCGACGCUGUGCAAUCCUACUCGACCUCUUUGUCGUACUGUUGUUUGGUGUGAGUGCUGCUUUCUCACCAAACAUCUACGUUUACAUGGUUUUCAAAUUUUUCUGUGGGACUUCAGGAGGUGUCCUUAUGAUGAACAUAUCUGUGAUGGGGGUGGAGUGGACUGACCCAUCAAAGGCUGCUCUUUGUGCAGUGGUCAUGUUCAUAUUCUUUCCUGUUGGACUGCUUUUAUUGUCUGGCAUUGCAUUUUUAAUCCGCAACUGGAGGAUCCUGCAGCUGGUACUCUUCAGUCCUAUUGUCCUCCUCCUGGGAAUGUUGUAUUGGUUUCUUCCGGAGUCAGCUCGCUGGCUGAUGACCCACGGCAGGAAGGAGGAGGCACAGAAGGAGCUCCGGAGGGCAGCCAGGGUUAACGGGAGGAUGGUCCCAGAGCAUUUGUUAGAAAAGCUGGAGAUGGAGGGAACAUUGGAAAGAAGAAACAUGUUGGACAUCUUCCGAAUAUCGUAUUUGAGAAAACGUACUUUAAUUAUGGGCUACAACUGGUUCUCAACAAGUCUUCUGUAUUACGGACUGAGCCUGAAUGUUGGCAGUUUCGGCCUGAAUAUCUACCUCACGCAGUUCAUCUUCGGUGCUGUGGAAAUUCCUGCACACCUGAGCGUUUUGAUUCUAAUUCAGCAUUUUGGAAGAAGAAUAAGUCAGUCAUGCUUCCUGUUGUUUGGAGGUGCUGCUUGCCUCGCGGUCCUUGCUAUCUCAAAGGAUCUUCCUGUGGUGGUAACAAUCAUAGCCGUACUGGGGAAAUUUGCUGCUACUGCCUGUUUCAGCACAGCCUAUGUUUACACUGCAGAGUUAUACCCAACCAUUUUAAGGCAGAAUGGUGUAGGUGUAAACUCCAUGUGUGCUCGUAUGGCGGGCAUCCUCGCUCCACUGAUCAGGCUGCUGGACGUCUACCAUCACACCAUCCCCAUGCUGAUAUACGGCAUCGUCCCCAUUGCUGCUGCAGGUUUCUGUUUGCUACUGCCUGAAACCCUCAAUGUUGAACUGCAGGACCACGCUGAACUCAAAAAACCAGCGAAUGGACCUACUGCGAACAGUUACAGUGCUGAACAAAUUAUUGACGAGAACAAACUUUAAUUUGUACCGAAAUUAUAAUUUUUUUUUUUCCCCCUCAUGUAUAAUCAGAUAUAUGAACUGUCUACCAACUACACAGAUUACACUACAAUUUUUGUUGUUUUUAAUUAUAGUUUGGGAUGCAGAAAUCAAACUAAUCAUAAUUAUUAAGUGUCAAACAUUAUUUAUUUUAAUGUCAUGAUCUGUUAAAGAUUCAUUUUAGUGCAUUUCAUAGCUGGAAGUUUAUUAGAAAUUGAUUUAUUCUCAAAAAUGACCGAUUAAUUGGCCACUCAGCGGCUUAGGCAGCAAAUGUUGUAUGAAAAUGAAAAUGAAAAUGAAAUGAAAUUGUGAUUCACUGAAAUACACAUGGGGAUGGAGCAUCUUUGCUCCAUUAUUAACGGUACUCCCAAAAAAUGUCAGUGAACAGGACACACGGCCUAACUGAGCAGCAUA